CCCGGCACCACCAUGGCAGAUGUGAAAAACUCAAAACAGGCAAAGAAAAUAGGCUUUGUCGAGGCUGAAGGCUUAACCGAAAGUGAGACGAACAAACGACCAGAGAAAUCAUAUCGUAAAUCUACUUAUCCACGUGAAAGUAUGGCUGAAGUUGCGCGUAAAUCAUCAGUUUUCGUACUGUCCCGAUUGAUGGCACCAGCGAAAUCCUCUUUUCAGAUACAAAAAGGUUUCAAUGAUCGUACUAGCAUGUACAUGGUUCCACGGUUUCAAAAUUCAUAUCGUCUUGAAUCGAACAAUCCAUUUCAUCGCACAAGCAUGCAAUCGAUGAUGAACCAAUUUUUGCAGUCUUAUCUCGACGAUUACAAGUAUGUUUCGAAGCGGGCGAAAAGACUGGCGGAAAAUUUGAGUGAAGAACUACGGAAUCAAUUCAAACGGUAUCGGUUUGAUCGCUAUCGCUAUGUAGCAGUGGUUAACGUUGGAGAUAAGGCAUCCCAGGACUUUAAAUGUGUCGCCCGAGCGUUGUGGGACGCGGAGAAAGAUAAUUGCGUUUGUUUUUCGUACGAAGCAGCAACGUUUUUCGUCACAGCCAGCGUGUGGGCCAUUUACUACGAGUGAUAUCAUAUGAAUAAAGAAGGAAAAAAUCACAUUCCCUGCU